AUGGCUCUGAUGGAGACCAGCAAGUCCUCGCAGGGCUCGGUCCUCGGCAGCGUGAAUCCCGACCUCGCCAGCGAGAGGCAAACGGCCUCUUUCAGCGUGGAGAAGCUCACGGCCUGGCUGGACGGCGGCGCGGAGCAGACUCGGAUGCGGAGGGCGGUGGUCGCAGCUAUCGAGUCCGACCCUGUAUUUAGCAGAGAAGAUCAGUAUUUCCAGAGCCAGAACGAGAGGUAUGAAGCAGCAGUCAGAAAGGCUGUUCACCUGCAGAAAAAGAUGCACAAGAUGGGAUGGACCGAGGACGGACCUGAAAAUAAGUACAUUUACAGAGCCCUGUCCGGAGACGUCGCCUUUCUCCUUCACCGUGUCUUCAUGAGAAGCAUUUCGAUGCUGGGCUCCGACAAACAGAUUGGCAAAUGGAUUCCUCUUGCCACCCACUAUCAGCUCAUUGGAAGCUACGCUCAGACCGAGCUGGGGCACGGAACCUAUAUUCAGGGUUUGGAAACAACAGCAGUCUUUGAUAUCACCACGCAGGAGUUUAUACUGAACACACCAAAGAUCUCUGCCAUGAAGUGGUGGCCUGGAGACAUGGGAAGGUCAGCAACCCACACAGUGGUCUUUGCUCAGCUGUACGUCCACGGGAACUGCUACGGCGUGCAUCCCUUCAUCGUGCAGAUACGCAGCCUUCGGGACCAUUCGCUCUGCCCAGGCAUAACUGCAGGAGACAUCGGUCCCAAAAUGAAUUUUGAGCACGUUGACAACGGCUACCUCAUGCUGCAGAACGUACGUGUCCCCAGGGAGAACAUGCUGAACAAGUUCUGCGAGGUUCAACCAGACGGCACCUAUGUAAGACGGGGGUCACAGAAGAUUAAUUAUUUCACAAUGACUUCAGUGCGCAUUUCUGUCCUUUCAGACGAAGUUAUAAUACCUCUAAUGAAAGCUUGCACCAUUGCCAUCCGAUACUCCGUGGUUCGCCGGCAGUCCAAGUUAAAGCCUGGGGAACAAGAAGCAAAAAUCCUUGACUGCCAGACUCAGCAAGAGAAACUGCUGCCCCAGCUGGCAGCAGCCUAUGCCUUUCAUUUCAUCAACGACUACCUGCAGGAGCUAUUUGACAACGGGUACAGAGAGAUCCAGAGGAAGAACUUCGACACGCUGCCAGAGCUCCAUGCAUUUUCUUCGGGCUUUAAAGCCAUGGUUACUCAGUACGGCACCUCGGCAGUGGAGAUCUGCCUCCGGGCAUGCGGGGGACACGGUUACUCCUUGCUGAGCGGACUCCCUUCCUUGUACACUAAAAUGCUGGCCUCUUGUAUUUAUGAAGGGGAAAACACCAUUUUGCUGCUACAAACUGCCAGGUUCCUGAUUAAGUGCUUCAUGGCAGCCAGCACUGGCCAGCCCGUUCCACCAUCUGUCACUUAUCUGGCUGCAGUGAAACCCGGGAAUUGUCCAGCCAAGACCAAGCUGGAUUUUCUCAGUCCAGACAUUUACACGGAGGCCUAUCAACACACGGCAGUCAGACUCAUAAGCAGCACAGCAGCUAAACUACAGGACUUGAUUCAGUCUGGAGUCAAAAAGCACGACGCAUGGAACCAGUGCACAGUGCAGCUGGCGCAGGCUGCGAAGGCUCACUGCCACUACAUCACUGUGAAAAACUUUGCAGAAACUGUGGAAAAACUCGAGACCAAGGCUGGUAUCCAGAAGAUUAUGAAACAUCUUUGUGACCUCUUUGCAUUACACGGGAUCUUCUCGAAUGCAGGAGCCUUCCUGCAUGACGGAUACAUAUCUGGAGCUCAAAUGGACAUGGUCACAGCAUCAUACCUGGACCUCCUGGCUGUCAUUCGGCCGGAUGCUGUUCCGCUCGUGGAUGCUUUUGACUUCACAGAUAAGAACUUGAAUUCUGCACUCGGCAGUUACGACGGACAGAUUUACCAACGGCUUUAUGAGUGGGCUCAGAAGUCACCGACCAACAAGCAGAUGAGCCCAGCCUAUGAGAGGUAUUUGAAGCCACUUCUUCACAACACACUGUCAAAAUUAUGA